AUGAGCGCCGCCGCCCAGGCCCCGGAGCCCGACCCGCAGGAGGGGGGCCCUGGGCAUGGCCCGGGUGCGGCCGGGGAGGGCAGCCCGCAGGAGGAGUUUGACUUCUCCAUUCUCUUCGACUACGACUACCUGAAGCCGAUCGAAGAAGAACCGACUCCACAUAAAACCAACAGCCCACCCUCUGGAGUUACAUACGCUCAUGAUGUCCUGGACUGUGGCCUCAAGCCAUGCCCCCUGCCUUUUUCUAGCCUUUCUGCAGAUCCCAUGGGCAGAUAUGGACAGCCAGAUAGCAUAGGGACAACACCUACACACCCUGCCAACGCUGCAGGGGCCUCUGCUCCGAGCCCUAGGAUUGAAAUUACUCCAUAUCAUGAACUGAUUCAUUCAGGGGGUCCCUUCCGCAGCAGAGACACAGAUGUUCUUUUGGUAGAACAUCAGCCAAACUCAGCCACCACUAGCCCAAGGGUUACCCUGCCUGUCCCUGGCUUUGAGGGCUACAGAGAACCACUGUGUUUGAGCCCAGCUAGUAGCGGCUCCUCUGCAAGUUUCAUUUCAGAGACAAAUGUAUCUCCUUGCACAUCACCAUGUGUUUCACCAAAUAAUGGUCCUAGUGAUGACCUUUGUCCACAGUUUCAAAACAUCCAUACUCAUUAUUCUCCUAGAACCUCUCCAAUAAUGUCACCACGAACAAGCAUCACGGAGGAAACCUGCUUGGGACGACAUUCACCAUCACCCUGUCCCAACUCAAGGUCUUCAUCACCAGGUGCAAAACGGAGGUAUUCUUGCACUGAGCUCUACAGUACUCAGCUGCCUUCCACUUCUCCACGACAGUCAAGGACCCCCUCUCCACAAUCCUCUCCUCGCGUCCCCUUGAGAGAAGACAACUCUUCAGUUACUUACACGCAGUUGCCCAGCGCUCCGCUUUCCAUGGAUGCUAUGAACAGCCUUCCUACGGAUCCUUCCUGCGGUGUUCCCACAAAAAUUUGGAAAACCAGCCCUGAUCCUUCAUCAAUGCCUUCCCACAAAAACAGCAUUCCAUGUCACGUCUUUCAGACUGUUGACUUCCACGGGCCUUGCGAACAGGAAGACAGGAGAAACUCAGCCCCAGAAUCAAUUUUGUUGGUACCUCCAUCCUGGACAAAGCAACUGGUGCCUGCAAUACCAAUCUGCAGCCUGCCCGUGCAGUCGCUCCCACCCCUCGAGUGGCCACUCUCCAGCCAGUCUGGCUCCUACGAGCUGCGGAUCGAGGUGCAGCCAAAGCCUCACCACCGGGCACACUAUGAGACGGAGGGAAGCAGGGGGGCUGUAAAGGCACCAACCGGAGGCCAUCCCGUCGUCCAGCUUCACGGUUACAUGGAGAACAAACCCUUGGGCCUUCAGAUCUUCAUUGGGACAGCAGAUGAAAGGAUACUUAAACCUCACGCUUUCUAUCAAGUCCAUCGCAUAACGGGAAAAACCGUCACCACCACCAGCUAUGAAAAAAUCAUUGGCAACACCAAAGUUUUAGAGAUCCCAUUGGAACCAAAAAACAACAUGAAAGCAACCAUUGACUGCGCAGGGAUUUUGAAGCUGAGGAACGCAGACAUCGAGCUGCGCAAGGGAGAGACAGACAUUGGCAGAAAGAACACCCGUGUCCGGCUCGUCUUCCGUGUGCACAUCCCAGAGUCCAACGGCAGGAUCAUCUCUCUGCAAGCAGCAUCAAACCCCAUCGAAUGCUCCCAAAGGUCUGCUCAUGAACUUCCAAUGGUUGAAAGACAAGAUAUUGAUAGCUGCCUCGUUUAUGGAGGACAACAGAUGAUCCUGACUGGACAAAAUUUCACAGCAGAGUCCAAGGUGGUGUUCACAGAAAAAACGUCAGAUGGGCAGCAGAUCUGGGAAAUGGAGGCAACAGUGGACAAAGAUAAGAGCCAGCCUAGCAUGCUUUUUGUAGAAAUACCAGAGUACCGUAACAAGCACAUUCGCACAGCUGUGAAGGUGAAUUUCUAUGUCAUCAAUGGGAAAAGAAAAAGAAGCCAACCCCAGCAUUUUACCUAUCACCCAGUACCAUCAAUCAAAACAGAGCCCAUUGAUGACUAUGAUCCAGCUUUAAUCUGCAAUACAGUACACAGUGGUCUGGGAACAGUAACACAGCCUUACUAUUCACAGCAUACAAUGGUCACCGAAUCCCCUUCCUGCCUUGUGGCCACUAUGGCUCCUUGCCAGCAGUUGCGCUCAGGCCUUUCUUCUCCUGAUUCUCGAUACCAUCAGCAGAAUCCAGCCGCUGUAAUAUACCAAAGAAGCAAGAGCCUUAGCCCAAGCCAAUUGGGCUACCAGCAAUCCAAUCUGAUGGCUACACCAGUUGCUAUUUCAGAUGCCCAUAGGUCAGUGCUCGUGCAUGCUGGUUCUCCAGGCCAAACUUCAGCGGUGCUCCACCACUCUCCAGGCAACCAGCAGUCUUCUCCAGUGAUCCACUACUCUCCAACCAACCAGCAGCUGAGGUGUGGAAGUCACCAAGAAUUUCAGCACAUCAUGUGCUGUGAAAAUUUUACGUCCAAUGUUGCAAGAUCCAGCCAGCCCCAGGUCAGUCAAGCACAAAGGUUAAGUCCAAGCUCAUAUCCUACCGUGAUCCAGCAGCAGACAGCCUCAGGCCAGCGAGCAGCAAAAAAUGGACCACCGGUUAGCGACCAGAAAGAAGUGUUACCAGCUGGAGUCACUAUUAAACAGGAACAGAAUCUGGACCAGGCAUAUCUGGAUGAUGAGCUGAUAGAUACACACCUUAGCUGGAUACAAAACAUUAUAUGAGAAAGAAUGACUGUGAUCUUUGAUCCAAGCAAUCAAAAAGAAAGUUAAUGAAAUUAUCAGGAAGGAAUUUUCUGGACUCCCUGCCAGAAAUCAGACAUAGAAGAAGAGAUCUGUGAGACAACUUCUUUUACUGAAUCCUUCCAUAGCUGACCUCUUAGAUCCUUCCAGUGGCCCUGCAACCUCCUGCUUCCUUAACUCUUCAUCUCAAGGCACCAAUUCAAUGCAAGGAACAAUGUAUUGGCAUCAAGCUGACAGCCUUGACUAAGCAACUUGCCACCUCUCUCUGUAAACAUCGAGAAGGACACCCUUCCUUUCGUCCAAAGAUCGUAUUGUUCUCCUGUAACAGAGCAUCUGACUGAGGAAACUCUUCAAGCCUGCUGCAAAAUAUCUGUCUACGUAUCGAUCUAUCUUAGUAAUAAGGGAGAAGGGAUAUGUCACUCCUGAACACAGCACAAAGCAAGGGAGGUUAUAUCUUAGUGCUUAUUUGGGUGGGGUGGGAAAUGGGGGAAGAAAGAGUAAUAUAUUCCAUAAAAGAAUAACGCCAAUUUGCGGUUCAGUAACAAUGACUUGCCCUCCAGGUCUCAAAGCCCUUUUAGGACAUUUUAUUGCUGUAGGAAACUGGGGCAAUCCAAGCUUGCUCAGCCUUUAUCCAACCUGGGAUCAAAAGCCAUUUUUUUCUGACUCUGAGCACUGUGAUCAGUAUUUCAAACAGUAGAUGUCAGCUGAAUCCAAGAGUUUCCUUCAUUUUUCUUGUCAGAUAGGAUAGGAGUUUGAAGGAGAAGGAUACUUACAGAGAACCAGUGAAAAGAGCAAUUCAGCAGCUGUAACACCUGUCCCAAGGUAAAAUAAACCCAGAUAAAAAAGAGAUUAAUAUAUAGGAGUCACAGUGAAGCCAAAGAGUUUAUGAUUGAUCCUUAUUAAUGUUUAGGAAGUGUAUGAACACACCUUAUUUUCUCUCUGAUAAAUUGUUGCUGUUUCUUUUCAUAUAGAACCUACUAUUGGCUUGUAACUUGUCUCAUUUUAGCAGCUGUAGCAUUUAACCGCGCAAGCUGCAGAGGAAAAUAAUUGCAUCUUACAGAAGUCAUUAAUUGCAUGUUACAGAAGCCAUAUGUUCCAGAAAAAAAUACACACUUACUUAUAUUCACCUAUAGCUUUGCAAAGCUACCAGCAAUCUCUCAAAAGGUUAAAUUUCCAUGUGAGUUAGUAUGUUAUGUUCUGCUUCAUGUGUUGGAAUAUACUGUACUGGCACAUGCUUAUCACAAUAAAGGAUAACCGCUGCCAUCUGCAGUUGUACAGCUAGCAAGUUAAUAACAUUUUGGUAUGGCAUUACUACCACAGUGUGAUAAAAAGGCAUCAUGAGUGGAUAAUCAAUGUACAGUAGAAGAUAGAUAGCCAUAAUAUUGUAGGAAAAACAUAGUAAUCUUUUCUGGUUUUGUAAAUGAGGAGUGCUGAUAUCUUUAAGAGGGCAGAGCUGGAGCUCUGUUCUAGAAAACGCAGUGAAACUAUCCUGUUUUCAGUUGUUUCACAGUAAACUUUGCUGAAUACCAACAUGCCCACAUGCUCACAGCAGGAAUUAGGUUACAUGAAUGCAGCAGACCAGCAGAGCAGCUACAUAAUUUGUUCCCCAAUAGUGCAGAAAGAUCUCGCAUAAACCCUGCAGAGUAUGUGCUUAGUUCAACAGAAAUCAUUUCAGGAGUAUUGAGAAGAAUAUAUUUUCUACCACUAAAAGCUGGCACUUAAACUCCACAAAGUCUUCAGUUUCAGAGUGGGAGACAGAAGCAUUAGACUUUCCAGAACACCUGACCUAGUCUCAGCUAUAAUCUUGUAUCUUAAACAGAAAUCUGAAUUUCACAAGAGCAGCUCUAAUCUCUGGAUUUAACCAAGAUCCAGAACCAGAGCAGAGCCUUUCCUGACUGCACAUCCUAAACUGGUAUUAAUAACACAACUUGGGAGGAUUUGCUGCUUUUUUUCCCCUUGAAGUACUGCUAACACCUACCAAUAGCACCAGAAUAAGCUGGUCUGCUUUGUGAGAUUAAAAUCUUCUAUCACAAAAUGAGUACCCUGUAUCCCAACACCAAAAAGUCACUGUAUGUCUCAUACUGGUGCUUAUACUGUGAGCUCUGCACAUGGCAUCAGUAUGAAUGGCAAGAUACCCGAAUGCCUGCAGAGGUGAAAAUGGCCUUUUUUUAUUGCUGACUUCUACAGAGACAAAACUGAGGCUCAGACUAGCUGAAAAAGACUUCUGCACAGGGGAAUUACUGAUUGUAGUAUACAGCACUCUUACAGUGCUUUGACUGGCUCACAUGCCUCAAAAUAGCUACUUUGGACUGUUUUAAAACUGCCAGUGCACCAAAAUGUGACAUAUAGUAUGGAUUUUUAAUGCAGUCUGAUGGUUUUGGACAAUUUAAAAGAAAUCCUCAGGCCAGAAGUUGCCUGUCAGAAGUUCUUUGCUGCAGCUGAGUAAAAGAACAGAUGAAAUGUGUCUGCUGGUUUCACAGAAUUCAAGCUUGGACAUAUCAAAAAUGACCAUCUAAUUUUCCCUGAUCAGGCCUAUAAAGUAUAGGAGAAAUUUAAAACAAAGCAAACCAAAAAGCCAUUCAGAGAAAAAUCCCCAAAUAGGUGACAUACAUAAACUUUUCUCUUGCUGGAUUUUAACUAGAAUAUCGAACAACAUUAAAGGCUUUUCAAAUCAGAAGACACACUGAUGUAGUUUAAAAAUAUUUCUGCUUAUUUGGUGAUUGUCCAUAGCAACUGCUUGUCAAUAGUCCUCUGUAUGCAGCUGAAUGGCUGAUCUUGAAGUCAGAUAACACAGAGCGAAUGCGCUGGCAACCUUCCUCCUGCAGCGUGCAAUUGCAGUAUGUAAGUUCAUGAUGCAGACUGAGUUUUACUUUUAUAUUUUGCCACUCUCCCCCACUGAUCAUUUAAACAUCUUUCUCCUCUUUUUACUAUAAGGCAUAAAUGUGUAUAGCAGACAAGAAAAAUGUGGGCUCAUAGCAAAAGCUUUGCAGCAUUCUAAGGGACCCAGGCAGGCAAAGCCCUGAGCCCUUGCACUGCUCCAUCGAAGCUACUUUGCAGGAUGCACCCACAAAACAUGCGCUCUUUAACCGAAAGACAAGUUUUCCACUGCUCUUCUGUGUUCCUUUGGGCACUUUGCUGUAGAGAGGGGGAGGGGACUUGUUAUUUAAUGGGCUACAAGUGCUUUACUCAUGCUUGCAUUAGUUGUAUUUCUUCCUUGUUUUUAAUGCAUAGAUAUUAAUCUGUGUUUGUGUCAGUGCAUAUAUAUAUAUUCAUAUAAUAUAACCAUAUGGAUCUAUAUGGAUAUAUUAUAUAUAUAUAAUUAUAUAUGAACACACAUUCCCUCCCCCCCCCCCCAGUUACAAACUUGGGGCAUGAUCCUGUAAUUGGCUCCAGUCAGCCGGACAUAUGCAGGCACAUGAAGCCAGCUACUGGAUCAAGGGUUCAUAAAAUGUAUAUAAUAUAGACUACAUUUUAGUGGUUUUAUUUACAGCUACAGGAGGUCAGGCUGUGCUACUCUAUCUGCUUUUACAUGCAACCGUUAGUUAAAUAAUACAGUUUUAACCAACUUUAUAUUUAUUUCCAGAGAAAAAGACCAUCCUCAGACAUAGCGUUGUGCAUUGCAUUGGUUGGUUAGUGCAUGACAAAUGCAUUGGUGUCUCUUUUUAAGCAGAAAACUGUUAUGUUAAAAGUAUAUAGCUAGGCUGAAGAACUUUGAAAUACACAGUACUAAAUUAUUUCCUGUUCUUGCUGAGCAGUGGUUUUCCAGUAUUAAUAUUUUGUUACUUAAAACAACUUUCUUUCUUUCUGCAGAAGCAUUAGCUUAACCUUGGAAGAGUUAAUACCAUUUUGUGAGUAAUUUGUUCUCACUUUAUCUGGAAGAUAGCCAUAUUUGCACAUGAGGAAACUCUGUCUUUCCUCAGUUGUCUGAAUGUUUCACCACAGUGCCUUCCUGCCAUUGUACCAAAGGCCUCCAAAUAUAUUCUCAACAGGGUGAACAACUCUAAUGCAUUUUCCAUCAAAGUUAUACCAUGCGAAGUACAUGGGGCUCGUUGGAAAUCAGAAGUUCAUCUCUUUCUCUUUUUGUGUGUGUGUGCAUUUUUUUUUUUACUUUCAUUUUUUUUCCAUCCAAGCUUUGGCUGCAAAUACAGGAUGAGCUUCUAUAAACUUCUGCAUCAAGUAUAUGAAUACGUAGACAAAAAUCAUCAUUCGUGAUAUGUAAACAGUUUGAGAGUGGAAUGGGAGUGGACAGAUACCAGGAAGAUUAGUUUUUGUCAGUUAUGAGUGUUGGAAGUACAGUUUGCCAGGAGAGUAAUGGCUCGUGAAGAUACUUGCAAUGAAAUAUGAAGUCCCGUUUUUGUUUUUCUCCAUGAGAAUGAGCAAAAUGUAAGAUCUGAACAGCAGCAACGGAAUGAAAGUGUCUAAUGUAUGUGUUUUUAUUGGUAGAAAGAAUGUAGAAGAGCCAUGGUUUUUGCACUUGCUUUAUUUGUAUCCAUGUAAAUAUGUAUCACUUCCAUUCUUCCUGUAGGAAUAAAGCAUUUUCUGAAUGUAGAAUAUUUCCAAAACCAGCACUAUGUUAUUCUCUAUUGUAUAAAAUGCUGCUGCUUAAUAACAUAUCUAAAACAGUUCUCAAAUUAGCUAGCAUGUUUUUUUGAAGUAUAUUUUGUAAUCCAUAUCUUUACAAAAAAGUGUCUAUGCUUUUUGUCUGACCAAAUAUGCAACACCUUUUGGAUUAAGGAUAGUAUUUAUAAAGGAUCAAUUUUCAUUUUCUGAGUGUAUUUUCUAUGCAAUUGUUGUAGAAUUGUUAUUGUCCUAAAAAAGAUGUAUUGGAUAAAUUUUCCAAAGACUUCAAAGACAGCUUUAAACAUUUCAGAAAAAUGUUUCUAAAUAUUUCAGUCUGUCUUUUUCCCGUGCAUUUAUUUCCAAAUUGCUACUUAAUAAGGAACAAUUAUCUGCCAGAUGGGAUUCAAGAAAAUGACUGUCUUAAUAUCAAACCUCAAAUUGAUUCAGUUCUUUGUAAAUUUUGCACCCCUUAAAAUCUUCUCAUGUUCCAGUUGAUCUGCAAUUCUGAGUGUAUGUUAUUUAUAUUACAUAUUCCUGUGCACUAGGAAGGGGCACCAGAGUUAGGUUUAGCCUGGGUGAAUUGCAGCUUCUCCAGAAAUCAACUGUUUUCCUCAUCAUUUACAUUGCAGUGAUUUCUUACUGUAAAUAAGGCGUCUGUCUGCUAUCACACGUGGAAAGUUAUAAUUCUUUAUUCAUCUCAGUUCAGAAUGAAAAACCCACCUUUUUGAAUGUUUAACGUAAGAUUGACAUCUGUCUUGUUAAUGUCUGCUACUUCAUAACUGCAGCGGGUGACAGCCGAUAGCAAUUUGUCUAACUACCAGUCAGUAUCUAAUCUACUAUGGGCUGUUUAAGAUUUGUUUAGUCAUUUCUGUUGUUCCUGAGGUACAGAAAACCUAAAUUGGUACCUGACCUGCAUCGCAAUAAAUUUCAAAUGAAGGUGUUGGUACUGUAAAAGAUCAUACAGGCUGCAAAUAAGUGGUUAUCUGGGGAAAAGUUAGGAAUUUGAGUUUCUUUUUAAUAACACUCAUAAAAUAACAAAACUGGGUAGAAAAUUCUAGAAUGAGUGAGCCACAAUAAUGAAUGAUGAUGUAUGUGUUUGUAAUAGCUCAGAAAUCCACAGAUGUGGUGUUGGAAUAAUCAGGAUAAACUGCCAUCAUUUUAGUGAUGCUUAUCAGUACCUUACUACACAGGCAGUGUGGUGAGACCUGGGACUAGAGAAUUGACAUACAGACUGAAUAAUGGUGGCCUGAGACUUACAUAUAUGUGUGUGUGUGUGUGUGUGUAUGAGUGUAUGUAAUUAUGAAGGGAUCCUCCCCCACUGAAAUCCAAACCUCCUUGCUGAAGCCCUACCCUGUAUGUUCAGGUAAAGCCAUAUGUUAAUAGAUACACGAGUGAGAAUUGUCACUCCAAUCAUCCUAACAGAUGUCUUUUUAAUCAGUUUGUUCAAAAGCCUAAGUUUUAAGAUUUGAAAAGGGGUUUGUAUAAUUCACAUUCCUACAACAACAUUGUUAACCUCCAAUGUAAUGAUUUUUUGCUAUCUGUAAAAUAUUUUUAUAUAUUGCCUGUACUAUGGUAGCUUAGCAAUAAAUGAAAGGAUAUCAUCUGC